AAUAAUACAAUCUUUCCCACCUGCUACCUCCUCUACUGCUACCCUGUGCUACCGUAGCUUUCUUUACAUGUCAUUUAUUUAUUUUUCCACUAUAAUACAUACAUAAUACACAGUAAACCGUACAGCCUUCCGAAUUCUUCCAUCUUGGAGAUCCAAGCUUUCUUGUAUUUCUUGCGAGUCAUACGCGAAUCUACUUUCCGGUUGGAUUCCGACUUGCGACUUUGCGCCUUGUGAGAGAGCCGCUAUAACUGCCACUAGAACUGCCACUAGAACUGCCACUAAGCUCGUCGACCCCUCAAAGAAAUCCCGAGAUUGCAAGCAACUUAUAGGUAAUGUGAGCUCGCGAGAGCUAGUGAACUGGGGCAUGGUCUGCAAGGCAGAAAGGCGGAAAUAUCUACCUUCCCCUUCACGAAUACCUACCUAACUUAACCUACAUACCUGCUACCUCAUCAUAGGAAGAAUAUUACCUAUUACCCAAGGUAGUAGUCCCCCCCCCCCCCGGUGGUCAGCUUUAUUGCUAGCAACCUCUCACAAAUCUUAUUCUUUCUUUACUUUACUCUCUACUUUACUUCUCCCACUAAAGAUCCAAUCUACGAAACUCUUCUGCUGUGAUUUCCGUCAGCCAACUUAGGUCAAAAUGAUGUCAGCACAGCUCCAACAGCCUGAGAAGGCUGGAGCCAAGUUGCCAGCUCCCGAGAACAACUCGAGUAACACGGCUACCGCGCCUGAGGCGACACAACCGAAACCUGCCGGGCUCAACCCUCUCAAAAACCGUGUACGGGAUAGCAAGAGCCCUUAUGUACGAGCGCAUUCCGAUAGUCUGGUCGCCUGGCAACUUUUGGAUGACGAUGCGAUUAGCCGGGCUAAGAAGGAGAACAAAUUGAUAUUCCUCAGUAUCGGCUUCCUCGCGUCCCAUUACUGCCACCUUACGAGGCAAGAGUCAUUUUCCAACCCCAAAGUCGCAUCUAUACUUAACGAGAAUUUCGUGCCUGUCGUAAUCGAUCGCGAGGAACGACCCGAUAUUGAUAAUAUAUAUAUGAGUUAUAAUCAAUCCCUCAGCGGAAGCGGAGGUUGGCCGCUGAACGUCUUCCUCACUCCGGAGCUAGAACCUGUCUUCAGCGGAACGUAUUGGGCAGCACCGGGUGUUCAGGAUGAUGGGGAGGCAGAAAAUGACGGGGUUGAGAAACCUCUCGACUGGCUUAUCGUUAUCAAAAAGGUCCUUGCUUCGUGGUUGGACGAGGAGUCUCGUGUUCGCGAAGAGGCGAAAAAGAUGGUGGUCGAGUUAAGUCAUCUUUCGGCGGAGGGUACCCUGAAUCACGCAGGAAGUGAUUUCUUGCAGUCUACCUCUUCUACUCAAGUAGAAUCAGCUACUUCAAGUUCUGAUCAACCCUUUGAAGUUUAUGGUGAGGUCGACUUGGACCAGAUCGAAGAGGCGUAUGAACGGAUUACAAGAACUUUUGACCCGAUGUUCGGUGGCUUUGGUCGCGAAAAUAAGUUCUUAACUCCAGCAAAACUCUCCCUGCUUCUAAGAGCUACCCGGUUCCCGAAAGUAGUUCAGGAUGUAGUCGGUCCGAACGACUGUAAAUACAUUAGUGGCAUGGGCUUGCAUACUCUUCGACGGAUCGCCAACGGCGCGGUGCAUGAUCAUAUAGGGGGCGGUUUCCACCGUUACUCUGUUACUAGGGACUGGUCAUUGCCGGCCUUUGAAAAGAUGCUGAUAGACAAUGCCCUACUUCUAGGUCUUUUCUUAGACGCUUGGCUUCUAUCUGGUGGAAGCAUUAAGGACGGCGAAUUUGCUGACGUGGUAACUGAAGUCGCUGAUUACAUCACUAGUGAUAGAAUGCUGUCACCAAAGGGUGGAUUUUUUACCAGCGAGGCAGCAGACUCUUAUAAUCGAAAAGGGGAUAAAGUCAUGCAGAACGGAGCCUAUUACUUAUGGACAAGAAAGGAAUUCGAUGCCAUUGUCGGCGACGAGCAGGAUAGCGCAAUUGCGGCCGCGUACUGGAACGUCCAGGAGCAUGGCAACGUCGACCGCGAAUACGACCCUCACGAUGAGUUCCUCAACCAAAAUGUCCUCUCCAUUGUUAAGAACUCUACGAGGCUAAGUAAACAGCUCGGGAUCUCAGAAAAUGAGGUAGAAAAACGAAUCAAGACUGCUAAGGCGAAACUGCGCUCCCAUCGACAAAAAGAACGAGUUCAUCCAGUAAUCGACACAAAAAUUGUUACCGCGUACAAUGGCAUGGCUAUUGCUGCCCUAGCACGGACUGCCUCGGCUUUAAUCAGUACCGGAGGAUAUGCAUCUCUGCAAGGACAAAAGUACCUGGAGGUAGCCAAGAAUGCAGCUCGAUUCAUUAAGAACGAGCUUUGGAAUAGCAACAAGAUCCUCUACAGAGUAUAUUCUGACGGUCAAGCGUACAUCGAGGCAUUUGCAGAGGAUUAUGCUAUGUUGAUCGAGGGACUUAUCGAACUCUACGAAGCUACUGCCGAAGAGACGUGGCUUGAAUGGGCUGACGAAUUGCAGCAGCUUCAGAUCCAGCAUUUCUACGAUAAUCCUACACCAACACCUACGAUGGCAAACGCUAGAUGCGGGGCCUUCUACUCCACGGCUUUGGGUGCGCCGUACACCCUACUUCGCAUAAAGGACGCCAUGGAUACCUCGCAGCCGUCUGUCAAUGCAGUAUCCGUAUCGAAUUUGUUCAGGUUGGGCGGACUCCUGGGCGACGAGAAGUAUACCUAUUUAGCAAAGGAAAGCGUCAAUGCCUUCGGCGUUGAGAUGUUGGAGCACCCAAACCUAUUCCCCGGCUUGCUAUGUGGAAUCAUCCCCUGGAAACUAGGUGGCCAGCACUGGCUUGCAGUUGGAGCGAAACCCGCGCCCGAGCAACUCAAGGCAUAUUACAGGGCACCACGCGCUGCCCUAUUCACGCUUCGCUAUCACGCGCCCGAGAAACGCGAUGCCUGGAUUAACAAACGAGACCCACGAGUCUCGACCUUUCCCCGAGAACAAGGCGUCUACAAUAGGUCUCCAAAUGGCACGUAUCGCAAAUUAAGUCCUAACGACUUACUCGCGGCCGACCUGAUUCAAGAGUAAGCUCAUCACGGCUGGGGAUGGGGUUUCCCAAGGAAAAUAAUGGAAUACGGCAACAAAUGGAAAAACGGAUGUAGAAAGACAUAACAGGUACCUAACAUGAAAUGACGACUUCUCCUAUUUCGUCUUGGUGAGGGAGGGGAAAGGGCAGCACGGAUCGAGGUAGAUAGAUACCAGGGGUGGUGGUGGCGUCUACGGCACAAGGUUUACGGAAAGGGGGUUUGGCCCAGUUCAUUCACGUGUAAAGUUUUUUUUACACUACAUGAUUUUGUGUCUGCAUUGCUUGGCGAUUAAUAGGUGGUUUAUUGCAUAGGAGGUGUGUAUAUGAAGUUUUAAUGGGGUGACGAAAAGCCCCCCGGACCUUACCAACGAGGUGAAUGCCAGUUUAAAUACUUGUUA